CAUGCUCUAUGACAACCAGCUCUCAGGCUCUAUUCCUGCUGACAUUGGCGACCUCUCUGCUCUAGAGAAACUUGAGCUAUCCAACAACAAGCUGACAGGAGCUAUACCCACUUCUAUAGGCGCCUUGACGAACCUCCUUGAACUCUACCUGAACGACAACAAGCUUGAGGGAUCCAUUCCAAGCACCAUUGCUCUGCUGCAGAAGCUCACAUGGCUUCGCCUUUCCCACAACUCUCUCAGUGGCAGCCUCGACGACCUCUCCCAACUGACCAAUCUGCACGGACUGGAGCUUUCCAACAACGCCAUAUCCGGCCCGAUCCCCGCCGCCCUGGGGGGCCUCGCCAGCUUAACAAACCUGGAUCUCUCAAGCAACAACCUGUCAAGCGCCAUCCCCCCUUCCAUCUCCGGCCUCGUCAGCGUUGCAACUCUGGAUCUCUCGAACAACAACCUGUCAGGCGCCAUCCCCCCUUCCAUCGACAACCUCGUCAGCCUCAUAACUCUGAUCCUUUCAAACAACAACCUCACAGGCACUAUCCCCUCUUCCAUCUCCAAUCUCUUCUGGCUCUCUUCUCUGAGGCUUGACGGCAAUGCAUUGGAAUCUCCUAUCCCUGAAAGCUUGAGUGCUAUGGAAUAUUUACGCAUUUUGGAUGUGAGCAAGAACAAGUUUUCAGAGGACAUCUCGACUUUCAGCUGCGUGCAAUUGGAACACAUGAAGCUGAGCAACAAUAACAUCACAGGCAGCAUCCGUUCUUCCAUCACCUCCUUCGAUUUCCUCACCUACCUUGAUCUAAGCUACACGUUGCUAACCGGCAACAUUCCUACCGUCAUCACCAAAAUGCAAAACCUCUUGCGCCUUGACCUGCGCAUACCAACACUCACGGGCUCCAUCCCGGCCUCCAUGGGCGCCAUGCUCAAUCUGCAGUACCUUUAUGUCAAUCACAAUGCGACGCCAUGCGGUUACGGGGAGUGCGAGGUGGUGCAGUACUCCGGCACAGCCUUCUGCCGUGCCUGCACUGACUUCUGCGACUCGUGUGAUCGCAAGGCCCUCAACCCUGAUAAGUGCCGGAAGAAGCGCCGUGCCUGCUCGCGCAAGUCCUGCCCGGGUCACAUCUGCAUUCCCUUCGUCCGCAGCUGA